AUGUCAGAGAGUGAACAGCACGAGGACCGAGGGGCCGAUAACAAUGGAGCUUCUGGAAAUUCCACCACCAUGCCUCCCGAGCCGGUCGAGGCCUUUCCGGCCAUGCCUGCAUUCCCUCCCGAGGGCUCAGCUUUCGACGAUGACACAGUAAACACCAAAAGCGAUAUCAAAGUUUCGCACAUUCCUCUCCCGCCUCUCCCCAAUGUUUCCGCGAGCGCCCCUCCGACCUCCACCCUCCCUACGAUACCCGGCGGUCACUCCGAUGAAGAUCAAUCCUCUGAUGCCUCUUCGACGCACAGCAAACCCGAUCACCAGGAGUCUUCAAACUCGUCAUCCACAUCAGAGCCUGCGACGGCCGUCGAGAAGAAGGAGGCUGAUAAAAAGGAGGACGUGGUGCACACGACAAGAGCAAGGGCCGGAUCCAGUUCCGCAUCCAUGAAGAAGAAUCACAGCCACGAUAAUGUUAGGAGGUUAUCUGCGGCAGGAAUACAGCAACUUCAGGCUCCCGAAGCAUUGCCCGUGGCCGUUGUCCCAGACGAGGCCGUCAGCGAUCAGGAAAGGUCAGCACGCAUCCCCAUCGCUGAGCAGCUGCAAGCCAUCCGACAGUCGAUCCUUAGCCAGCCGGACUCCCUACGGCGUAACGGGCCCGUGACCGAUGGUGGGAGUAGAUCGCGACAGUCAGAUGAAUGGCGUCGGCCGAUCUCCGGAAGAACACUUUCUACGCCGCCUACAAACCGAAGACAGUCCCAGUCUCAAACCAGUUCACCCCGCCGGAAUUCGUUCUACACUGUUGCUAGGCCACCUCCAUUGAAUAUUGAGGCAGCCACACACUUCAACGCCGUUAGUCCUCAACUGCAUACGCAAAACAAGCCCCCGCAAAUCCAGAUACCACCACCGUCUCAGCAGUUGAAGCCUCAGCGAAAUGACCCCUUCCCGCCCUCGCCUCUUCCUCCGUCGAUACCCCUCCCCCCCAUGUCCAUACCAACACACCUUCAGCUAGAAUUGGCAGCGCAACGACCGAGCCCUCUGUACAUACAUCACUCUCACACUAAUGAUAUCCCAUACGAGUCGUACGUUAUCAAAUGGGAAAGACUGAAGAACGUCCUCCUGUUGCCGUCCUUUCUAGAGCGGACCCUGUACUUUGGUGCGUUGGCAUGUCUUGAUGCCUGGCUAUACAACUUUACCAUUCUGCCAAUAAGGUUUUGCAUCGCCUUGGGUGUGUUGGUGAAGUGGUGGGGAUAUCUUGCUGGGAAGGAGGCUCGCUGGAUGAUCGGUUUCGUUUGGUACGGGCUGGGCAGGGUUUGGGCUAGAGCCCGGCGUCCUAGGGCCAGAAAAGCGUCGUCGUCCACUCAACAAAAAGACCCUGACCAUCUUGUUAGCCGUGACAGAAGUCAAAGCCGACCAGCACAAAGGCGUACAUCAAGCGUCGCCGCAGAAUCCAGAGCCCCCAACGAAGUCCCUUCAAUCCGUGUCGAUUCGGAAACUAAGCUUGCCGAGGCGGAAGGGAAGCCCAACGUUAACCAUGUGAUUGAACAAGAGGUUAAGAUGAAUGGGAACGGGCAUACAGUCAGUUAUAGGGUGACUCCUUCUGCGGGUCACCAUUCCGCUCACGUGCCCGGACAUCGGCAACAUCGUCAUAGGAGGACGAAGUCGAUGCCAUCCAAUCUGUCUUCCUUUCAUAAGGCAGAUCUGCUGCAAGGCGCCGUUAUUCUAUGCAGCUCGCUGUUUCUUAUGAGGUUAGAUGCUAGCCGGAUGUACCACUUCAUUCGGGCACAAGAUGGCAUCAAACUGUAUGUCAUUUACAAUGUUCUCGAGGUUGGCGAUCGUCUUCUUUCAGCCAUCGGGCAGGACAUAUUUGAGUGUUUAUUCAGCUCGGAGACGUUGUCCAGAAACAGCUCUGGUCGCUCAAAGAUUCUUCUACCUAUGGGCAUGUUCGCCCUUGCUCUCGCCUACAACGUCGUCCAUUCGGUUUCUCUAUACUAUCAGGUCAUUACGCUGAACGUAGCUGUCAACUCAUACUCGAAUGCACUCUUGACUUUGAUGAUCUCGAAUCAGUUUGUCGAGAUCAAGAGCACAGUUUUCAAGCGCUUUGAGAAGGACAAUCUGUUUCAGCUUACAUGUGCCGAUAUCGUCGAGCGUUUUCAGCUCUGGAUCAUGCUGUUGAUUAUUGGCAUGCGUAACAUUGUGGAAGUCGGUGGUCUUUCGGUGCCUGGCGCUGGAUCUGAUAGUGGUAGCGAUAUGGGCGGAGGUUCCAUGCCACUUCACAGCCCUUCUAUUCUGCCAUUCAGCUUCACGGUGCUUCCGUCAUGGGUGUGGUCCGGCGAGGUUCUUUCUCCGUUCCUAAUCGUUAUAGGCAGCGAGAUGCUGGUAGACACGAUCAAGCAUGCCUAUGUCAACAAGUUUAACAACAUCAAGCCGACAUUCUACAGCCGUAUCCUUGACAUCCUGUGCAAAGACUAUUACACUAAUGCCUUUGUUACCCCGUCGUUAACUCGACGACUAGGUCUCGCCGUCAUCCCUCUGUCUUGUCUCUUCAUCCGAGCGUCAGUUCAAACAUAUCACAUGUUUCUUUCCACACGCAUUCCAACCCCCAUCCCUGAGUCGACACAAACGUCUCUAUCAGUGGAGUCCGCAACACCAUCUUCGCCUGUGAUGGUAGCCGCUCUUGACCGUCUCGACACCCUCCUCCGUGACGCUCUGGGUCGGGCGGUGUACGGCGACCCGUAUGGAGCUUCCAACGUCAAGACGCGGUCAUGGUGGUCGUGGAAUAGCGAUGAUGUCAUCGCUGCAGUAACCAUGAUUGUCGUCUUUUUUAUUGCCUUCCUCGUCUUGCUCAUCAUCAAGCUUUUGUUGGGCAUGGUACUGCUUCGGUACUCGCGCAAUCGAUACGCGAAUAUGAAGCGCAAGGAGCACAUGGUAGCGACGGGCCAGGAGGAGCGCGAGGUUUACGAUGCCAAGGGCAAGCGCGUUGGCGGCUAUGGUCACAUCGAGGUCACGGAGGACAGGCGGCGGUGGAUACACGCGGAUGAAAAGGAGGGGUUGAAAGGCGGCAAGGGGCGGGUCCAAAAAACGGAGAAGCCGCCCGAGGGCGAUUACAACGGCGUUUACCGGUACGAAAUGAUUGCGAAGAGGAUAUGGUAG